AUGGUGAUGAAGGCCUUUGUCCUACUGGCUGUGUUUGCAGAAGCUUCUGCAAGAUCUUGCACUCCGAAUAAAGCAGAUGUCAUUCUUGUGUUUUGUUAUCCCAAAACCAUCAUCACCAAAAUCCCUGAGUGUCCCUAUGGCUGGGAAGUACAUCAGCUGGCGCUUGGUGGGCUAUGUUACAAUGGGGUCCAUGAAGGAGGUUACUAUCAAUUUGUGAUCCCAGAUUUGUCACCGAAAAACAAGUCCUAUUGUGGGACCCAGUCUGAGUACAAGCCCCCCAUCUACCACUUCUACAGCCACAUCGUUUCCAACGACAGCACAGUAAUCAUAAAGAACCAGCCCGUGAACUACUCUUUCUCCUGCACCUACCACUCCACCUACUUGGUGAACCAGGCUGCCUUUGACCAGAGAGUGGCCACUGUUCACGUGAAGAAUGGGAGCAUGGGCACAUUUGAAAGCCAAUUGUCUCUCAACUUCUACACUAAUGCCAAGUUCUCCACUAAGAAGGAAGCCCCCUUUGUUCUGGAGACAUCUGAAAUCGGUUCGGAUCUGUUUGCGGGAGUAGAAGCCAAAGGGUUGAGCAUUAGGUUUAAAGUGGUUUUGAAUAGCUGCUGGGCCACACCAUCGGCUGAUUUCAUGUACCCUUUGCAAUGGCAACUGAUUAAUAAGGGCUGCCCCACGGAUGAAACGGUCCUUGUACACGAGAAUGGGAAAGAUCACAGGGCCACCUUCCAGUUCAAUGCUUUCCGAUUCCAGAACAUCCCCAAACUCUCCAAGGUUUGGUUACACUGUGAGACAUUCAUCUGUGACAGUGAGAAGCUCUCCUGCCCAGUGACUUGUGACAAACGGAAGCGACUCCUCCGGGACCAGACAGGAGGCGUCCUGGUAGUGGAGCUCUCCCUCCGUAGCAGGGGAUUCCCCAGUCUCUAUAGCUUCUCAGAUGUCCUCUAUCACCUCAUCGUGAUGUUGGGGAUUUGUGCCGUGUUGUAG